AUGACAGACUUCAGCAUUAAGUGGCUGAGCCGGGAACUGCAGGGCUUGUCCUUGAAGAUCUUGUCAGGCCUUGCGGAGCUGGAAUUCCGAGAUGUUCAGGUCACAGGAGAUGCUUCAGUCACUGUCCGGAAGGGCAAACCCAUCAUCCUCUACCUGCUGAGAGUUGAAAGCCGUUGGGAAGCUGCAGGAACUGCUCAAGGGCUGGGAGAAGCCAAAGGAUCGCUCAUUUUGCCCGAACUUUCCUCAGAAGAUGGGCCGAACUCCUCAGUGAUCCAGAUUGAGACGACCAGCGACACCUCUCGACAUCGCUUAGGGAGCGCUGUCCGCAAGGAAGGUAUCCCGGCGGUCCGCGCCUUGCUGCGUCAGUUUGAAGAAGCCUUGCGAAGCACGUUGCAAAAGGCGACGGUCGAACUGUAG